ACAUAUUUCUCUGCCACAAACAAGAAAAUAUUUGUGAGAUGUUAGACCUGGCCCCGCGACGGAGGUGGAUCAAAGGGCGACUAGCGGCAGCGCCCCGGCCGGCCGGAGGGGAAUCUAGGAGGGACAGUCAGACGCACCGACCUGGCCGCCCGACGGAGGUGGCUUCCUCCGUUCCGUCCAGAUCCACGGGCGGGACGCUGGACGUGUGGAGCGGAGCGCCGGAGGAGCCGCGCCUACGGCUCCGGGCCGCAUACAAGCGAUUGGUUCUGCUUCUAACCAAGGUUUCAACCGGCCUCCGAAUCUCGUCGCCGCCGCCACCGCCGCCGGACAAGUUCAACAUCGACGACCCAGACGAGGACAGAAUCAACGCGCUCACCGACGACAUCCUCCUCGGAAUCCUCGAGCGCCUCGACCUGCGCGACGCGGUCCGCGCCAGCGCAGUCUCCACGCGGUGGCGGCACCUCCCCCACCGGCUCUCGCGCCUGCACCUCGACGUCCGCCACUUCGGCGGAGCGACUGAUCCGGUCGCGACCAUGGAGGCGUUCACGGCAGCGAUGUGCAGGCUACUAUCUCCUCCGGCUCCCGCCGAGUGCAAGCGCGCCAUCAAGACCCUCCUGCUCGACUUCUUCCCUGAGUCGGACCCUCAUCACCUGAGCUUCAUAGGCCGCGCUGUCGAGGACGUCGUCGCCCGCGGCGAGACUGAAUGUCUUGAAUUUUACAUACGCUCGCCACGCAAGGAACUCCCUGGCGGGGUGCCUACCGAGUCCGCGCGGCAGUUCAUGUCCUUCUCCCGUGCCUGCCCGGUUGCCUUCCGGUGGCUCACCGUGCUAACUCUCACGCAACUCAUGUUGGGAGACACCGACGUGGCCGAGAUCAUUAUGUCUUGCGACAAGCUCAAGCACCUUACCCUUAGAUACUGCAUAGUAGACGACGAGCACUCCACGGUCAAGAUCGACACGCCGUGUUCUGGGCUCCAGGUGCUCGACUUGUUCCGCGUUGUUUGCACGCGGGUCGAGCUUGUCGCUGUCCCCAAGCUCAGGCAAGUGUCGUGCGAAUCAUGGCACUGGGGGAACCCUCCUGUGAGCUUCGGCUACGUUCCAGACCUUCGCGAUGUGACCUUCAGUUGUCAUUCCAUGACGUGGCAGGCGCCAUUCUUGCUGAGCGAGUGCCUGUCAAGGAGUGCCACAAACCUGUCUAAACUCACUAUUAAUUUUUGCUGCCAAAUGAUUUGGAUUAAGCCAGAACGUCCAAAGCAUCUCACUGCUAUGUUAAAAAACCUGACGUGUGUGGAACUUUUAUCCAUCUUUCCCGAGUGUGAUGUGAGCUGGACCCUGUUUAUCCUUGAAGCUGCACCUGCGCUGAAGCAUAUUCAUGUGCAUCACUUACAUGCAGGAUUUAGUUCAUGCACAUUUUUCAAAAGCUUUGGAGGGGCCUAA